AAAGGAAGUGCCCAUUUGAAACAGACAACCGAGUGACAGGUUCUUGUAAAUAUUUAUCCCUUACCACGAUGUUGGUUUUGAACGGAUAAUUCCUAUUUUAACGAUAAAAUUUAUUCACCAUGUCUGACUCAGAAGAUGAGGCACCGGAUAAGCAACUGAAAAUCGUGAUUAUUGGAGAUGGUGCCUCUGGAAAGACAUCUCUUGCAACCCGCUACUCCCAGGAGCAGUUUGGGAGAAAUUAUAAACAGACUGUCGGCCUGGAUUUCUUCUUAAAGAGGAUCGUUUUACCUGGAAAUGUCCACGUAGCCCUGCAGGUGUGGGAUAUUGGUGGACAAACCUUGGGAGGGAAAAUGCUAGAAACCUACGUAUACGGAUCAAGUGGUAUUCUUUUGGUGUAUGAUAUCACAAACCUUGCAAGCUUUGAGAAUGUGGAAGACUGGUAUAGCUGUGCAAAAAAAGUCUUUGGAAAAGACACCAAGAUGCCUCACUUAGCACUUGUCGGCAAUAAAAUUGACCUUGAACACAUGAGGACAGUAAAGAUGGAUAAGCAUCAGAAGUUUGCUCAAGAGAGAGGCAUGUCUAGCCAUUUUGUGUCAGCCAAAACAGGGGACAAUGUGAGUUUAUGUUUUCAAAGAGUAGCAGCUGAAAUUCUUGGAAUCAGGUUGACUAAGCCAGAAGUAGAGCAACAUCAGAGAGUUGUCAAGGCAGAAAUUAUUGACUCAAAACACGACGCAACUGCCAAACCCGUACCAAUGACACAGAAAAGCUCAUUUUGCUCUAUACAAUAGUACAUCAGACAAAGAUUAGGGGCAUUAACUCUUACAUACCUAUUUUGUCAGAAUCUCUCACUAUGAAAUACAGGAUACAAGACUGGAUGGAAAAGGGAAGACAAACAACAUUGCAUGGUUUUGGGUGUAUGUUAUGUAUACUUUUAGUGAUUUUUCCCAUUUCUUCUUCAGAAAGUUCUAAAAGGUUUUGGAACAAAGUUCUCUUGUGUAAUGUACAUGUACAGUUAAUCAAAAAACUGCUCAAAAGGGUUUUACAUCAUGUAUAAUGUUCUAAAAAUGGCAAAUGCUUUAUUGAAAUAUUAAGAAGGUCUCUAAAAGGUGAUUUUAUAUCAAUCAUUUUUGCAUAAUACAUUAUUUAAGGAUAACAUAUACAGCUGGCUUUUGGAAUCUGUUAAAGGAGUUAAAAACUUAUUUUAAGUUCUAAUUGCUAUAUAACCAGUUUCUUAAUAUAGAAUUUCAACUUUUACUGAAAAAUGAUUGCAAGUGUGAUUUUUUACUUUUUUUUUUUAAUUCAGCAUGUAAGUAUAAAUAAAUGUUACAUCCUUAUUUCUAACACAUGUGGCAAAUGAAGUAGAUGUUUUCUAUUGAUGCCAAAUAUAAGUUUUAUUGUUCAUAAACAUAGUUGUACUGGAUGGCAUUAUAUACACUCUUCAUGUGCUCUACAACAUGCUGUGUAUCACAAUUUGUGUAUGUACAUGUAUGUACUGGUCUUCUGGUCUAUAGGGUCUGAAUCUAGUGUUUAAAUUCACUGGUGUUUAAUGCUAAUAAAAAAUGUCUUUUUUUCAAUCCAGUUUCAGAAUUUAUGUUUCUUAUGAAUAGAUAAAAUGACAAAUGAAAUUGAUGGACAGAUGGUAUUCUUCUACAUGUAUUGAGAUUCAUCUCUCAAAUUUCCCUUGUCAUGUAAAAAGUGGAAUAAAAUAAGGGAAUAUACCAGAGAUCAAAAACUAUCAGUAAGAUGAACAUCUGUAUAUUUAGGUUGUGUAAAUGAGGGAUUUAUACUGUAUGUUCAAUGAUUUGUGUAGAUAACAGAAUUUUUGUUUCACAACUACUGGUAGUUUAUUGACCUUCAGAAUAAGUGUUUUGUUUGAGAAACAAUUUUAUUUUCUUGAUAUCCAUUUUGAUUAAAACACUGGCAAUGAGAUAUAUGUGAGCACUGAAUUCUAAAAAUUAGAACACAUGUAUGUUAAAUGUUGAAAGUAGCUCAUGGGAUCCAAGAGAUUUUUGUUGAAGAAGUAUUGUUAAGCAACGGAGUUGAAUACAUUGUACAUGUGCAGUUGCUCUGAGUUUGGUUCAUUGAUAUCACCAUUUAUGUAUACAUUAUAUUAUUUGCCUUUUCAUUUCUCACUUAUUUGAUGUUAUUAAUCAUACAUGUUGUUACCUUUAAUCAUUUUGCUUUUAUUCAUGAAUUUUUUUAUUGCCUGUUUCAUUCAUUUGUCUUUAAUUUGUACCCAGGAUAUUGAUGUGUCUGCAUUAACUGAAGGUUGUUGGGUGGGACAUGCAGUACUUUUACUACAUGUACCAACUUUGAGAUAAGAUUGUAAAAUGUUGAAUUCAGUCUUUGACAGGGAGAUAUAUCUGUGUUUUUUCAUAUCAUACUCUUUUUUCUUCAUUAUUUCACUCAUAUCGUACUUAUUUAUUUUCUUUUUAUAUACAUACAUUAUAAACUGAAACUAAACAGCAAUACACACAUGUGUAACAGUGUGUGAUCACAGAUACUUCAGUUCUGAGUUUGUAUAUGUUUGAUUGUUCAGUUUUUAAUUUUAUUUUUUCAUGUUUGUCCUCCUUUGCACUGCCUGUAGUCCAAGUGCAAAUUUUUUUUUCUGUAUAAUGUUCUAUUUGUGUUUUAAUGUCUUUUACUUCAGUAUAUUUGCGUGCCUUCAUUUCAACUAUGAAUCAAAUUCGAAUUGACCCGUUUUGGAAUCUUGCUCUGUAAAUCACAAAAGUCUUUCAACAGUGGUUUUUGGAGAGAGAGAGAGAGAGAAAAAAAAGCUGUUUAUUAUUUAAAACAUGUAAAUCUGAUUAAUAAAGAUAUGUGAAAAUGCACAUAAUUACAUAUCAAGCAAAUUAGAUCUGUAUUAGUUUCCCUACCUGGUAUUGUGGUGUUUGGAUUUCCCCCUUGUCCCCUACCCACCCAUAGCAUUUCCUAGAUAAUACAAGACACUUUUGAAUUACCUCAGUUGGCUUGCACUUUUGAUAUGUAUUUGCAUUUGAUUCUUAAAAUAUUUAUUGCAACCAUAUUCUUUAAUAGUGAUUUUUAUUUUUUUUCUCCGAUUUGAAAAACAUUCGUCAAGGUAAAAUGAAAAAAGUUAAAGGUGAAGAAAAGUUGAUAGUAAAGAGAAGUAAUUUUCACCUGGAAAAAAUGUUAACUUUUCUUUCAGUGUCUUUCAGUUUGAAAUAUUUGCAAUGGUUAAUGUAAAUUUAGAUUUGAUUUUGUUUUGUUUUGAAUCUUUUAGUUGUUUUUAAUGAUUUUAUCAAAUCAUUAGUUAUUUAGUUAAUAAUAUGCAGGUUGUUCCAUGUUUUUGAAAUUAUCAGCAGGUUAUGUAAGAAAGGCUUUGUUAAGAUAUUAAAACAAACACUUUGUCAGGUGGUUGUUGUACUCAAAUAAAAUGUUGACCUUUA